CACCACCAUACUCACGUCGAGAGUAUCCGCGCACAGUCCAAAUGCCAGUCUCUGUCCUACCAUUUAGCGCACUGCUGCCUCCACGGCGCGAUGCAAACGACGAAUCUGGCUCCGACAUUGAAAUGGGCGACGACGAUCUCGCAAUCUCGUCUUCCAAAGCCAUCGUGACGCCCGGUGAACACAUAACGUCCGAUCCGCAAUGGAUGCGUGGCCAUGGCACAUAUAUUCCCUCACAGCCAGCCGGCUCGACAACAAUAAUAUCCACUGUUGCAGGCACCUUGCACAAAACUAACAAGCUGCUAUCUGUGCAGCCACUACGCGCCCGCUACCAGCCCGAGAUUGGCGACCUAGUCGUCGGCCGGAUCAUGACUGUUGGAACCAAGAAAUGGAACGUAGAUAUCGCCGCGCCCAUGCUAGCCAACCUCCCACUGUCCAGUAUCAACCUCCCAGGCGGAGUACUACGUCGACGGACAACCGUCGAUGAGCUCAACAUCCGGACAUUCUUCCAAGAAGGCGAUUUGCUCGUCGCAGAAGUCCAGAGCUUACAUCAAGACGGCACCGCCUCAUUACACACGCGCUCUCUCAAAUACGGCAAACUACGCAACGGCGUCUUCACCAGCAUCACCGGUGCGGGCGGCGGUAUCCUCAGCCGGAAAGGCGGCGUAGUUCGCAGCAGACGCCAGGUUUUCACCUUGAAUACGGCGGCCGGCGAAAUCGACAUCAUCCUCGGUGUCAACGGCUACGUCUUCAUCUGCAAGCACAUCACCACUAGCGCGGACGCAAAGGAAGUCGGGAUCAACAGUCUCGACGAGAGCGCAAUCGAGACGCUGUACUCGAGUCAAAACGACGAUAUUGAACCGGGUCUUAUCCGUGAAAUCAUGAUGGUGAGCACGCUGAUCCGUGGUAUGGUGGCAUGUGGUACCAAAGUGGACGAGGACAUGAUUGUCAAGGUUUAUGAGGGAGCGGUGGAGCUUGAGGCCGAGGAAAAGACGUUGGGGACUAUGGAGAGGGGGCCUGGCGGCACGGCGCUGGUGGAGGCUGUGCUGGUGAGGCUGGAACUUGGGGCUGGGGAGUAGGUGAAAACGAUUUUGGGUGCGGAGAAAUGCGGGGACUAAAGUCAACAUCAUGACGGAAUUGAGAGGAUAGUGGAUAGUGGACGGGUGUAGAUUAGUGUUCGAGUCACGAGUCGAGCUGCGAAGGAGACGAGGUACGCUUCACCCUUCUUCUUCUUCCUCUCGACACAGGUAGCAGCCGAGUAAGAAGGGCAUCUAGAGCCCCGCAGGUACACUAGAAUAAUCGAGAGAAUCUUGGAAAUCACAUGAUUCUUCUACCACUCAGGGAAGCCUUUUUAUUCU